AUGAAGCCCCUGAGAGUUGAUGGAAUGGAACUCAGAGCUCAUGUGGAAGGACUCGCCUUCUAUGGAAAAAGGGAUAUUUUCUGCAUUAUCAGGAGGGUAGAAGGAGGCAUGGAUGUAGGUUUGUUGAUGUGUAAGCGAAAAAUGAGGGGAAUGCCAUAUGAAAGCUUCUGUUCUCUCGAAGUAAAGAAUAUUGCUACCUCUGAAGAACGCCGCCUGAACGUGCACUCUGCCAGCCAAGAUAUUAACCUGAAUUCUCCUAACAAAGUUCUGCUCUCUGACUCCAUGACCGAUGUUCCUGUGGACACAGGUGUGGCUGCCCUGACUCCUGCUGUUGAGGGUGAGGGUCUAACAGAGGCUGAGGAGGAACUCCAGGCUGAGCUGACCAAGGUGGAAGAGGAAAUUGUCACUCUACACCAGGUCCUGGCAGCCAAGGAGACGCACUGCGGAGAGCUCAAAAAGAGGCUGGGCCUCUCCACACUGGGGGAAUUGAAACAGAACCGCUCCAGGAGCUGCCAUGAUGUGCAGGUCUCUAACGCCUAUAAGCAGACUCGGGAAACUCUUUCACAGGCAAGACAAAAGGCUUCAGCUGCCUUGUCCACAGUGGGCUCUGCCAUUAGCAGGAAGCUUGGAGACAAUGAGGAACUCUGCAAGCUUCAAGUUGUUGUGGGAGACAGAACGGCAGUGACAACCUCCCUUCCUCAGUGGGGAAUGGUGACAAGCCCCUGUCGGAUCCCACACGUUUUUAAGCCUGAGGUUGCUUUGCCCACUGCAGAGCACACACAAAACACUCUCAGUAUUGCAGUCACAGCUCUGCACAGCGGAGCAGCCAGUCAGGCAGAUGAGCAGAGACGGCUUGGGUGAUAGUCCUGCCCAUCCACAUGGAGAUGCGGCUGUUCGGUUCGCAGGAAUUAGAGAACACAGUCCUGUACACAGAUGUUUUACACUGAAGUUUGUAGAUGAAGCAGAUCACUGUGCUGUCCUUCCUAGGGGUGCAGGAAGGGGACAGGGUGGAGGAUUUGAGAGGAUUGAGCCAAAGCCCAGGCUCCCUUUGGGAAUCUUGUUAGCCCAUUCAGAAUGUUGAAGGAUUGAAGAUUCCUAAGCAUAAAAGAAAUGGCCUUUUCUGACCUCUUCCUCCUCCUCCUUCCCUGACUCACAGAGGGAAUGCAAUCACCCUGCGAGUCCUACCUGUUCCACAAUUCAACCCCAAAAUGCUGAACAAGAAAACUGUCCACUUUCUGAGACCCACCAGAAAGGAAACUGAUCAGCAGCAGCUGCCUAAUUGUUCCACUAAUCUAGCUUUAACAGACGCAAAUUCAUUAUUUUUUAAAUGUAGUGAACUUUCCAAAAAUUAAAAUUAGGCA